AUGGGCCAGCUCGACGCGGGCGAGCGGUCCGUCGUCGAGCUCUUCCAGCGCGUCGCGCCGUCCGUGGCGUUCAUCCAGACGUCCGUCGUCAAGUCGACGUCGCCGCUGUCGAUGCGCGGCGAGGUCACGCCGAGCGGCUCCGGGUCGGGCUUCGUCUGGGACACGGAGGGCCACGUCGUCACGAACUACCACGUCAUCCAGCAGGCCCAGAAGGCGACGGUGACGGGUCUGGGGACGGGCGACGCGGCGUCGAUGGCCGCCUACGACGCGACCUUGGUCGGCGCGGAGCCGGAGAAGGACAUCGCCGUGCUCAAGGUGCGCGCGCCGGCGUCCGUCCUCGAGCCCAUCGAGGUCGGCAGUUCGAGCGAGCUGCUCGUGGGCCAGUCGGUCCUCGCGAUCGGCAACCCCUUCGGCCUGGACCACACGCUGACCAAGGGCAUCGUCUCCGCGGUGGGCCGCGAGGUCCAGGGCGUCGCGGGGCGGCCCAUCAAGGGCUGCGUCCAGACCGACGCGGCCAUCAACCCGGGCAACUCCGGCGGGCCGCUCCUGGACGCGAAGGGCCGCCUGAUCGGCGUCAACACGGCCAUCUACUCGCCGUCGGGCGCGUCCGCGGGCAUCGGCUUCGCCAUCCCCGUCGACUCCGUGCGCCGCAUCGUCAACCAGCUCAUCCGCUACGGCCGCAUGCUCCGGCCGUCCAUGGGCAUCUCCGUCGCGGACGACCAGAUGACGCGCGGCCUCGCGAUGCGCCUCGGCGCGCCCCUCGACGGCGUCUUGGUCAUGGAGGCGCCGCCGAACUCGCCGGGCGCCGACGCGGGCCUCGUCGGCUGCAUGCGCAAGAACGGCCAGCUCUAUUUGGGCGACCUCAUCACGCGCGUCAACGGCACGCCCGUCAAGACCGUCGAGGACCUCCUCACGCUCGUCGAGGAGACGGAGAUCGGCUCCUCCGUCGUCCUCACGGUCCACCGCAGCGCCGACGCGAAGAACGAGGAGACCCUCACGGUCAAGACCGUCGACCGCAGCCAGCUCGCGCGCUCCUAG